AUGUUAUCAUACGUGUCUAAAGAUCGAGCAAAGCCGGUUACUCCUGCUUUAAACACUUCUGCUUUGAACACCGAAACAAGUGACAAUGGUGAAGUAAAUAGGCUGCACCACAUCCCAAGACCCACCGACAAAGAAGACGAACGGGAAUGGCUCCUCGCGCAGAUGGCGGGCGCGUUUCGCAUCUUUGCCAAAAUGGGAUUCGCAGAUGGUAGCAGCGGCCAUAUCAGUGUGCGAGACCCCAUCGAACCCCACACGUUCUGGAUCAAUCCAUACGGAGUCCACUUCGGCCUUCUCACGAUCUCUGAUAUGGUGCGGGUCGACGAACAAGGCAAUCGGGUCUCGGGCGUAACGAAGAUCACUGGCGAAUUGCGGCCGGUCAACACGGCUGGGUUUAUUAUCCAUUCCGCAAUCCACCAGAGGCGACCGGAUAUUCAUGCCGUGUGUCAUAUGCACAGUCCCUACGGCCGAGCCUGGAGUACUUUUGGCCGGGGAAUUGAUAUGCUGAAUCAGGAUUCCUGCAUGUUCUACGACGAUCUUUCGGUAUAUCGAGCUUUUGGGGGCGUUGCUUUCGCCAAGGAAGAGGGGCAACUGAUUGCCGAUGCCCUGGGCCCUAAGCACAAGAAUUUGAUCAUGCAGAAUCAUGGAUUGCUUACGGCGGGCGGGACGGUUGCCGAAGCGGCGGCCUUUUUUAUUGCAUUGGAGAGGGCCUGUCAGACUCAGCUCUUGGUGCAGUCAGCCAUAGCACCUGGGUCGAUUGGUGCAAGCGAAGGAAUGCUGAAGGCCUUGGUGGAUGAUGAAGUUGCGUAUUAUACUAAACAAAAAACAGGUUCUCCCGAGGCCAUGUAUAUGCAAUUUGAGCCGGAGUACGAGUUGAUUGUGGAGGAGACCAGAGGCGACUUUUUGGAUUGA